AUCAUGGACAAAAUAAAGUUAAAAAUUAACGAUAAACAUUACACUGUGGACGGCAAGUUCGGUCCGGAUGUGUCGCUCAACGAGUUCAUCAGGAAUGUGGCAGAGCUCCGGGGUACGAAGGCGAUGUGUCACGAGGGCGGCUGUGGAGCCUGCGUCGUCGCCGUCAGAGCAUCUCUACCGCCCAACAACGAAAUGAAGACAUUCGCCGUUAAUUCGUGCUUAGUGUCAAUUUUAUCGUGUCACGAGUGGGAAGUGAUCACUGUGGAAGGAAUAGGUAACAAAUCAAUUGGUUACCAUGAAAUUCAAACUAGACUGGCUAAUUUCAAUGGUACACAAUGUGGGUUUUGUACACCCGGAUGGGUCAUGAAUAUGUAUAGUAUAUACCAAUCGAAAAACAAAAAAUUAAGCCAAAAACAAAUUGAAAACUCUUUUGCCGGUAACAUUUGUCGAUGUACAGGCUACCGACCAAUUGCAGAUGCUUUUAAAUCCUUCGCAAAAGAUGCUGAUCAAAAAUUAUUGAACAAAAUCUGCGACUUAGAAGAUCUGACCGUAUUCAAAGCUUGUGGUUUUAGUUGUAAAAGCAGUUGCAAGAGAACUGGAUGUAAAAAUAAACACGACGAAGGAAACGUGGAAGAAGACUUUGCUGUAAUUAAUGAUAGUAAAACAAUUGAAAUUGACUGUGGUACUCACAAAUGGUUUAAAACUUAUAAAUUGGAUGAUGUUUUCAAAGUGAUGGCCCACGGUGAUUACAAAUUGAUUGCCGGUAAUACCGGACAAGGUGUUUACCACAUCAAAGGUUACCCAACGAAUGUCAUUGAUAUUUUUAAUGUUAGCGAAUUGAAGAGCUACGUUGUGGAUGUCAAUUUGAUUAUUGGUGCCGGAACCUCCUUGGCGGAUAUGAUGGAAUUGUUUCUAAAGCUCUCCAGCUCCAACGAAGAAUUCAGAUAUUUGAAACACUUUCAUGAUCAUAUGGAUUUGGUGGCUCAUAUUCCAGUUCGUAAUAUCGGAACCAUCGCCGGUAAUUUAAUGCUGAAACACGACAACAGAGAAUUUCAAUCGGAUAUAUUUUUACUUUUUGAAACUGUACAGGCAAUGAUCACUAUCGCCUCGAGCGCAACAAAAGAAAUUACGGUCACCCUCCCCGAAUUCCUGGAAAUGGAAAUGAAUGGUAAAAUAGUACUAAACGUUAUACUGCCACCUUUAUCGAAUAAAUGUAAAAUCAAAACGUUCAAGAUAAUGCCCAGAUCGCAAAACGCUCAUGCAGUUGUUAACGCUGGAUUUCUAUUUCACUUCAAACAAUCAAAAAACGUACUGCAAAAUGUAUCUAUUGUCUACGGAGGUAUUUCGCCAGAUUUCAUCCAUGCUUCGAAAACAGAGGCAUUACUAAUCAACCAAAAUCCCUUUACCGAUAAAACAUUACAAAUGGCAUUGAAAUCUUUGAAUGAGGAGUUAAAACCUAAAGAAAUGCCCCCUGAGCCGUCUGCGGCGUAUAGAAAAAUGUUAGCAUUGGCUUUGUAUUACAAGGCAAUCUUAAGUUUAAGCUCUGAAUCAAUAAAUCCAAUAUACAAAAGUGGCGGGGAAGUUAUAAAACGAAGUGUUUCACACGGCACUCAAUCUUUUGAAACAGAUAAAGAAGUGUGGCCACUGAAUCAGCCGGUACCUAAAUUGGAAGUACUAGUACAAUGCAGUGGUGAAGCGGUGUUUGCAAAUGAUUUACCUAAACAAUCGAGUGAAGUUUUUGGUGCAUUCGUUACAGCAGACACAACGCCCGGAAGUAUUAUUAAGGAUUUUGAUACCGAAGAAGCUUUCAAAAUACCUGGAGUUAUUGCUUUUUACACAGCCAAAAACAUACCAGGCAUUAACUCCUUUGUACCAAUAUCUAUUCCAUUUGCUAUAGAAAACGAAGAAUUACUAUGCGAAAAAACAGUUAAAUAUUACGGUCAACCUGCAGCCAUAAUUGUAGCAGAUAGAGAAAAAACAGCCAACAAAGCUGCUGGACUUGUCAAAAUCAAAUAUGAUUUUGUCAACAAAGAAAAACCCUUACUGACCAUUGACGAAGUCCUCAAUUCCCCCAAACGGAAAACUCUCGUAAGGCAAGAUAUGACAGUUCAGCCAACUGACUCAGGAUCCGAUAUAAGCACUGUAAUUGAAGGCUCUAUGAAAAUUCAUGCACAAUACCAUUAUACGAUGGAAACGCAAACAUCUGUGGCAACUCCUACUGAGGAUGGCUUAGAGAUUUACUCUUCAACGCAAUGGCUCGAUUUAACUAACAUAGCAAUCGCAAAAUGUUUGGAUAUGCCCGUUAAUAGUAUCAACAUCAUUGUUCGUCGAUUAGGCGGAGGGUACGGAAGUAAAAUAACUCGCGCCAGUCAAAUAGCUUGCGCGGCGGCCUUGGUCACCCGUUUCCUUGGGCGUACUUGUAGAUUUAUCUUACCGCUACAAACUAAUAUGAAAGCUAUAGGCAAACGUAUACCUACCAAUUGUGAGUUUGAGAUUGGCGUAAACAAAGCUGGUAGAAUUCAAAAUCUCAAAAAUACAUUUUAUCAAGACGGUGGAUGUUCCUUUAAUGAAGUCCUCACCCCUCUAACAGUUAAACAUUUCCAGAACUGUUACGAUUCUAAGCGUUGGUUUAUACAAAGCAACAGUGUGAAAACUGACAACGCUUCUAACACCUGGUGCAGGUCGCCAUGCAGUACUGAAGGAAUAGCAAUGAUAGAACAAAUUAUGGAAAUGAUCGCAUUUUACACGAAAAACAUUCCUUUGAAUGUCCGAUUGCAAAAUAUGUCUCAAGAUAAUAAUCCUCUACCAGAGAUGAUAGAUCAAUUAAUAAUAGAUGCAAAUUACGAUGAAAGAGUUAAAGAAGUUAAAAAAUUCAAUAAUCAAAAUCGUUGGAGGAAACGUGGAAUAAAUUUGCUUCCUCUGUCCUCUAAUAUAACAUACUUUGGCUUAUUUAACUGUAUAAUUUCUGUUUACCACGGUGAUGGAACUGUCGUGAUCACCCACGGUGGUAUAGAAAUGGGUCAAGGUAUAAAUACUAAGGCCGCCCAAGUCUGCGCUUAUGCCCUAGGUAUUAAAUUAGAGAAAAUAAGCGUAAAGCCAAGUUCUAGUUCACUUCACCCAACAAUGGUAACCGGUGGCAGUAUUGGCAGCGAAUGCGUUUCAUUCGCAGUCAUGAAGGCGUGUAAUGAAUUAAACAAAAGAUUAGCGCCAAUAAAAGAGAAACUGAGCAAUCCUAGCUGGGAAGAGCUAAUUGUUGAAGCUAAUACGGCUGGAAUCAAUUUACAAGUGGCUUCGGCUUUUUCACCUGUGACGGAUGGGGUGAAACCAUAUGAUGUUUAUGCUGUUGGCAUUAUAGAAGUAGAAGUUGACAUUUUAACCGGAAAUCAUGAAGUACUAAGAGUUGAUAUACUUGAAGAUACCGGCAGGAGUUUGAGUCCUGAAAUCGAUAUUGCACAGAUCGAAGGAGGGUUUAUUAUGGGUUUAGGAUACUGGACUUCUGAAAAACUGAUGUAUGACAGCGCGACCGGAAAACUGUUAACUGACCGAACAUGGAAUUAUAAGCCACCAGGAAUCAAAGACUCCCAGCAGACUGAGAAUAUAUUUCCGGAGGAACGCAAGAAACGAAUUGGUGUUCUGCAGUCGAAAGCAACUGGCGAACCAUCGUUCUGUUUGGCGAUAGGUGUGACCCACGCUAUCCGUGAGGCCAUAAGAUCGAGUCGUUUGGACGCUGGAUACGAAGAUAAAUGGCUAGAUAUCGAUCUGCCAUUCACCGUGGAAAAUAUCUUCAUGGCAGCCGGAAACGUAAUAGAACAUUUUAAAUUAAC